UUUCCUUCUUCUUCCUCCUAUUCUCAGUCAAUUUUACGCUCUACUUGUUCUCUUGGCAUCAAAGAUUCUUUUUUAUUUCCCUUUAUGAUUGGCCUCUUUUCACUUUGGCUGCAUCUUACUUGGAGUUUGCUCUUUCCUCCGUUCUUAGAUCUGGCAAUGACAUUUUUCAAUUUGUUCUGCCAUUUGUAUUCUUAAAGCCCUCUUCUUCACGCAUCCGAGGCUGACUGAUCACGACUUGUUUCAUACAGGGUUUCUGUGAUACUGUUCCAAAGGAAGCUAAAAUCUUCAAAUCUGCUAGAUUGGUAGCCGCUUUGACGAGGGAUUGAUGAAUAUUGAGGUGCCAUGGAGAUGAGAAUGAAGAAGUACAACCAACUCAGUCCUGAGAGGGCUAAGGUGUGGACUGAGAAAUCGCCCAAAUAUCAACAGGUUCGGAAGGUGCCUGUAAUUUACUAUCUAUGCAGAAAUAGGCAGCUGGAGCAUCCUCAUUUCAUGGAAGUUCCACUCUCAUCCUCUGAGGGACUGUACUUGAGAGUUUUUGCCCAGAUGUGAUUAACAGGCUUAACGUUCUCAGAGGAAGAGGCAUGGCUACCUUAUACUCUUGGUCUUGUAAGAGAAGCUACAAGAAUGGAUUUGUUUGGCAUGAUCUCUGUGAAGAUGACCUAAUUCUUCCGGCUCACGGAAAUGAGUACGUUCUCAAAGGCUCCGAGCUGUUUGAAGAGUCCACUACUAGUAAAGACCAUUUCAGCUCCAUUGGCAAUGUGAAUAUUCAGCCACUGAAGCAAUUACCUGAUCCAGCAUCUUCCCAGAGUCAGGACGAUUCAUCAUCAUCUUCAAGCAUGACCGGAAAAGAAAUGAAAAAUUCUCAAGAAGAUGACCUCUCGUUGUCUGUUCUUCGACCUGGUUCAUCAAGCAUGUCUCCGGAUUCUGGAGGUGGAAAAAGUUCAUGGGGUGGUUGUCUUAGCUUGACAGAAUACAAGGUGUACAAGACUGAUGGCUUGUCUGAUGCAUCGACUCAGACUGAGGAAAAUAUUAGCAGACCAAAAACACGAGAAACGUGUACAAGGGGAGUUUCAACGGAUGAUGGUUCCCUAGAACCAGAUUGUAACCAGACUCUUAACAAUGCGGCUUCAAAUCAUAAGAAAAACUACGAUGCUCCUCAGGAUUCAGUUUCUCCACCCACAUUGUCCUCUAGUGCUUCCUCCUCAGGUGGGAAGACUGAAACGUUAGAGUCUCUUAUCAGAGCUGAUGCCAGUAAAAUCAACAGUUUUAGGAUUCUUGAAGAAGAAGAAAUUCGGAUGCCAGCCAAUGCAAGACUCAAGGCUACAAAUGUGUUAAUGCAACUUAUAUCGUGUGGAUCAAUAUCGGUCAAGGAUCAUAGUUUUGGACUCAUUCCAUCGUACAAGCCAAGGUUUUCUCACACCAAAUUUCCCUCUCCAUUAUUCUCUACUACAGUGAUGUUGGGAGAACUCAACUGCUUGUCUGAGAAUCCUAGGAUGAUGGGCUUGAGGUUGGAAGACAAGGAAUAUUUCAGUGGUAGCUUGAUUGAGACUAAAAUGCUGCAAGCGGAUGGGCUGACAACUCUAAAACGAUCAUCUUCAUACAAUGCUGACAGGACAUUUAAGCAAUUGAAUUCAACUGAAGACAAGGAUCAGUCAACCUCUAGUCGCUCCAAGUGCAUUCCUCGGGCCAUUAAAGCUUCUCUAAGCAAGCAGACACGCAACGAGCCAAUGAAGUCUCCUUCUUCUGAGAGACCAAGAACUUCUUCUGAUGGUGUAACCUCUCAAAACGUAAGCCCUACGACCUCCAAUGAUAGCAGCAAAAGGAUUACAGAGCCUUUCUCCGGAAGGAAACAGUCUAAGAAGCUAGAUUCCUUUCGAGAAGAGGAAGAGGAUGUGAUCAAGAUCGAAGAAAGGCUUGCUUCAGGAGCUCGGGUUAUAAUCUGGUCGAAAUCAACUUGCAAUAGCAAGGAUGUUGGCAAUACUUAGAGCAUGUUAGGAACAACCAAUGGAUGCCUCAUCUUUCAGCCAAGUUGAAGUAGCUCGUUCCCUCCAAGAUCUUACUUUUGAUCAGAUCUACAUCGAAAUUCAAUUGAUGUUGAUAAUUUGUUGGUGGGGCCUUGGUGAUUCUGUUUAUCUCUCGAGUGUAAAAAGGGUGAAAACCAACAGUCUUCAGCUAGAAGAGGGGCGCGCAGUUUGGCCUUGGACCAGGUCAGAGAUCUUUUGAGUUGGUUGGCUUUUGCUUGUCAGGUCAGCUAAAUAUUAAAUGAUAAAAUUGUAACUUUGCUUUAAACUACAGUUACCAUCACUUCUUUUGAUGAUCUCUUUAGCUUUAGAAUAGUUUCUGCAGGCAAAAUCUGUAACAAAAAAAAGCUAGGGAAGAGUGUCACCCCUUUUAAUAUAUUAUUUAUAAUUAUUUACUUCUUUCUCUGGAAGCCUUAAAACAAGUCAACUUAAUUCAGUAAAAAUGCCUGGAAAUGGUUUGAAGGAAA